AUGCCGCCAGCAAAUCUUGUUACCAAGAUCAAGGUCCAGCUCAAGCUCUCCAUUGCGCGCUUGCGCAUGGUGCAGCAGCGCGACGAGGCCCUCGCCAAGGUGGCCCGUCGCAACAUGGCCCAGCUGCUCGACGCGGGCAAGGAAGACUCCGCCCGCAUCCGCGUCGAGAACAUUAUCCGCUCCGACAUCACCUCCGAGCUGCACGAGAUCCUCGAGCUGUACUGCGAGCUGCUCAUCGCCCGCGCCGGCCUGCUCGACAGCCACACCUGCGACCCGGGCCUCGAGGAGGCCGUCAAGAGUAUCAUUUACGCGGCGCCCAAGACCGAGAUUAAGGAGCUGCAGGUCGUGCGCCAGCUGCUGGGCGAGCGCUACGGCAAGGAGUUUGUCCUGGCCGCCAUGGAGAACACAGACAGCAAAGUGUCGCCCAAGGUCGUGCGCAAGCUGAGCGUGGUGCCACCGCCGGAUGAGCUCGUCAACGGCUACCUGGAAGAAAUUGCCCGCGCGUAUGGUGUGCAGUGGCCACGGCGGGCGGGCGGCGACGUGGAUCUGGGCGAGCCGCCGAGCCUGCUCGACGACGGCGGCGAUGACGACGCCGUCAUCGUUGGCACCGCAGCACACGACGAGAAAGGAGACGACGACGGCGGCGGCAGUGGUGCUGGUGGGGGCGGUGGGGACCUCACACUUCCGUCGACGCCAGGCAAGCCCCCCGGUACGACGGCGCCAACGUCGGCCAAGCAAGCCAAGACACAGGAGGAGCUGACACGGGCAACGCCGCCCACCAACGACGUCUCCGAGUCUCCGCCGCUGCCGCUGCAGGUCAACCCGCCCACGCCCUCCACCGACAACAUCCACCCCAAAGUCACGCUCGACUCGCAGGAGCUGAAGCCUCCCGUGUCGCCGACGGCCGCCAAGCGCAGCCCAGCACAAGCAGCCGCAAAACCAGCGCCAAGGCCAUCCUUUGCAGACCCGGGCGCCCGGAAAUUCGUAGCCAAGAAAAAGGACACGGUGGACGACGACCUGGCGAGGCGGUUUGCCGAACUGAAGCGGUCAUAG